UCUCUUGGAAAUAACAUUAACCUGACAAGUGUCGGUUCGUUAAACCUGCAAAACUUGCACUGUGAGUGGCACGUACAAUUAAUUUGUAAUUCCAAUCUCCACAGAAUGUAUUUACUGCAACUCUGCGUCAUCUUCGUCUGUACCUUUUUUGUCGAAUAUUGCCACUCUCAGGGAUUCACAUUCAAUGAAGAACUUGUGGUACCGUGUGGUGUCAAGUACAGCAAGCAGGUGGACGUCCGAGGUAGCCGCGCACAGCGGAGAGCAGCUGAAGUUAUCAUAGCUGACUUCAAACGAGAUUCUUUCGGAUGCGACGAACAAGGACCCAAGACUCUGAUUAAACACAAGGAAGUCCGCAUCGAUUUGCAAGACUCUAAAUCAUUUUCAAAUGGUGGGAAUAAGCGUUGGCGUAAUCUACAACUUCAGCAGAAUGUGCCGAGAGAUAAAGGAUUUCCGACCACUGUCGCCACAGUGUUGAUUCGAUGCGAUAAACAAUUUCCCAUCCGAAUUGUCCGCGACGCUUUUGUCAGAAGUAUGACCAAGUGCGCAAUAGUGAGGCUUGACGUUUCCCCUUAAGCAAAAGGGAGUACCUAAAGCCCCACAAUUUCAAUUAUGUUGAAGAAAUCAUUGCAACACUGAAAACAUAACGAAAUACACACACUAUUC